UUGCUUGAUGCAACAUCAUCUAAUCACCACACAAACAAAUGUUGGAUGAAUACUGUUUGAACAGGUUGUCUGGAUGCAAUUCCCUCUACAUUCCGCAGAAUGGACAGUUUUGCCUUUUGCAUACUACAUCGUCUACUGUCAAGAUGCAGAGUCCUGUGAAACCAGGUUCCAAGAAGUUAGAGGGAAGGAGUUUUUGUGAUUUAAAAGAUAACUCUGAAGAAACUGAAACUGCCUCACCUACUUAAGUGAGUUGGAAAGGAGGAGCCACACGGCUUGCAAAAACAUAAAGACUGGGUUUCACCCUGCCAGGUACUUCCUUAUGUACACCACACCUAUUUUAUCAGUGACUCAAGUGAAUACUGAAGCAAAAGGCAGCAUGUUAGAAGAGAAAAACCACAUCCUUCCAAAUGUGGCAGUUACAUGCUGCUUUUCAAAGAGUUCCAAUGUUGGGAUUAUGUGUCUUCACCUGUUUUGUGGCAUGGUCUGUGAGAGCAGAUAUAGGACAAGAAUGCCCUACAUUUACUGAUCUUAAUUUUGCCAAUUCUCUGAUUGGUACAAAUCUGAAAGUGCAACUGCUUUUGUACACAAGGAGAAACCAAAACUGUGCAGAGAAUCUCAGUGAACGUAACCUAACAGCUUCUACCUAUCUAAAUGUGACCAAGCAAACUAUUAUUAUUAUCCAUGGCUACAGACUUACAGGUUCUCCACCAAUAUGGAUUGAUAACAUUACAGAGCUUCUGCUUGAAAAAGAAGACAUCAAUGUCAUAAUAGUAGAUUGGAAUCGAGGUGCCACAAAUGUGAAUUAUUUUAAAGCUGUUGACAGUGCCAAGAAAGUCGUAGAAAUUUUGAAGAACCUUAUUGAUCAAAUGCUGGCAAAUGGAGCCUCUCUGGACUCUAUAUAUAUGAUUGGAGCAAGCAUUGGGGCUCACAUAGCUGGAUUUGUCGGAAAGGCAUACAAUGGCAAAAUUGGAAGAAUUACCGGUCUUGACCCAGCAGGGCCAUCAUUUACUGGAAACCCACCCAGCCAAAGAUUGGAUCACACUGAUGCUCAGUUUGUUGAUGUUAUUCAUAGUGAUAUUGACGCUUUGGGUUACAGGAAGCCUUUGGGAAACAUCGAUUUCUACCCAAAUGGAGGAACAGAUCAACCUGGAUGCCCAAAAACAAUACUUGGUGGAUUUCAGUAUUUCAAAUGUGAUCAUCAGAGAUCUGUUUUUUUGUACAUGUCAUCCUUGAAACCGAAUUGUAAUGUAACUGCAUACCCUUGUGACAAUUACACAGAUUAUAGGAAUGGAAAAUGUAUGCACUGUGAAGCUUUUCAGCCACGUCCAUGCCCGGUACUGGGUUAUUAUGCUGAUAAAUGGAAGAGCCAUUUAAUUGAAAAGAAACCUCCUGUGACAACAGCUUACUUUGACACUUCAGACAAAGAACCAUUCUGCAUGCAUCAUUACUCUGUGGAUAUUAUUACCUGGAGCAAAAAUAGUAGGAGAGGUUUCAUAAACAUCAAAAUAACAGAUGAUGCAGGAAAUACAACAGAAUCAAAAAUUAAUAGUGAAGCAGCCACAUUUCACCAAUAUAGAGAAGCCAAUUUACUUGCUGGAUUUUACUUGGAUUUUGACAAUGUAUCAAAAAUCGGCUUGACAUUUUCUACAAGGAAUGCAGUAGGCCCAAAGUACAAGCUUAGGGUCCUCCAAAUGAGAUUAAAAUCCCUUUCAAAUUCAAAAAGGAUUCAGCUAUGUAGAUAUGAUUUUAUUCUACUGGAGAAUAUUGAAGCAACGUUCAGACCUAUUCCAUGCCAUGAUAUUGCAGUGUGAAACAAUAGCAUUUAUUAAGCUUGCCGGCAGGCAUACAGUUAGAUAGCAAUAAGAAAUGGCAUAGAACUCAAGCUCCCUUCAAGAAGGCUAAAUUUUCAAACAUCAUGGCUUCCUUUAAGGAUCAUAGAAUGAACAUCUACAAGAAAAUAGGAUAUUUCUGAUGUGUUAAGUUACAUAUGAGACCAGCAAUCCAUUUCUAAUUAACAAGAAUAGAAUCAAUACUGCAAAUCAUAUUGUGUAUAGACUUAGACUGCAGUCCUGUACACAAUGGUGCUAACUGAUGUCAUGCUGAAAUCAAAUUACCACAGCAAAAACAAAAAACAAAAAAUGGGUUGCAACCCAAAAAAUAGAUCCAUUGAAAUGAAUGGACCUAAUUUAGUCAUACCUAUUAAUUUCAGUGUAUGAGUAUGACUAACAUUGGAUACAGUGUAUUUUUUUCUCAAUACCUUUCAUAUUAGACAGAUGUAGCAGCUUUUUGAGGUGAAUUUACCAUACCAGAAAUCAGGGAAACAAGCUGAUAAGACUCUCCUUUGGGUCUGUGAAGAACUGUAAAAGACUUUGGUGGAGAAGUAUUUGUGCUUCUUGGAGCCCACAGAGCCACAAAGACUUACUAAGCUGAGAUGGUAAGUGGAUUAAGUUGCUAGUUUGUGACACAAACAAUGCAAUCAAGAUGAAGAAGCCAAUUUUUAGCCCCAUUCAGAUGUUUGGAACUCACAGAUACCAAGUGUAUGAAGGUGCUAUUCGGAUGUAUGGGCUAGUCAUCCUCCUCAAGAUACCAAUGCACAUGCCAGCCAUAUGCUCUGGCUGAUCAUCCAUCAGUGCCAUAAUUUGGUCAGUGUAUGCUUUGGUGUCUAGGGCAGCCUUUCCCAACCAGUGUGCCUCCAGAUGUUGUUGGGCCACAAUUCCCAUCUUUCCUGACCAUUGGCAAUGCUGGCUGAGGCUGAUGGGAGUUGUGGUCCAACAACAUCUGGAGGCACACUGGUUGAGAAAGGCUGGCCUAGGGGGUGGACCUAGUCAAGGGGUGGACAAUCCUUGUCAGCAGCCAUAUGCCGGUGGUACGCAGAGCCAGAGGCAAAUGUGGAUGGGACUAGAAGUGUGCAGAGCAAUAGACGUGAAACUUACCUUUGUGCAGUUGGCUACAUUCCAGACAUGCAAGAAUCAGAGGUCUACAUACAUGUACACACAUACAUCCUGCAUCCAGGCAACCUUAUCACAGUCCAAGGACAGAGCCAGGAAAAAAAUAACUCAAGGAGAGUGGUGAGCAAGGCCAGUAAGGGGCAUGUCCUGCAAAGAGGGGGGGGUGUACUGAUGAGAGCUGUGUGGGUAGAGAUAAUGCUAUUGCCAGUUAGAUAGGAGAGGGGCAUUUGUGGAUU